UCUCCCGGGACUGUGGCUGCUGGUUUCUGCAGCCCUCUUGCCUGAUGUCUCUGUGCCACCCACAACCCUAACCCUACCCCCCCCCACCAGAGAGGGAGCAGCGGCAGCCCGCUGAGUGUGCGGGGGGGGGCACAGCCUUCUUGCAGGCGGCGGCAGCAGCGGCCUCAGCCUCCUCCUUGCAGGCCUCUCCUCCGCGGCCGACCAAGCAGGCGCUGCUUUCCGCCCUCCUGCCGCUUGUGCUGGCGGCGUUGACGUGCGCCCCGCGAGCUCCUCAGCGGGCAACUGCCAGGCUGCUGCUGGGCGGGCGCCACCACCGAGGCCCUCGACUCAGCCGCGGCGGGCUUCCCGUGCUAAGAGUCACUCAGCAGAGCCGGCCCGCUGCUGACGGCGGCUCCGGGGCGCCCAGUGGCCCCCGGCCUCGUCCCAGCGGGUAGACCGGGCCUCCGCCGGAACUCCCCAGAUGUCCCUUGCGGCGCGCGCGGCGCGCAAAGGCUCAGUCGCAUCUGUGAUUUUGCUGAGAGAGGAGUUCUGUUCGUGAGCUCCUCUCUAUUUUAAACUCAACUUCUGUGCCAAAAGGAAUCAAGAUGUCUUCCCAUUCUCCUUCUCUAACUGUGGCAUCACAAGUUCCUUUUGCAGACCUCUGCUCAACAUUAGAACGAAUACAGAAAUGCAGAUCACGUCCAGAGAAAACAAAAAUUUUCAAGGAUUUUUUAGAUUCCUGGAGGAAAUUUCAUGAUGCCCUUCAUAAAAAUGAGAAGAUUGUGACAGAUUCUUUUUAUCCAGCAAUGAGACUUAUUCUUCCACAGCUGGAAAGAGAGAGGAUGGCUUAUGGAAUUAAAGAAGUUAUGCUUGCUAAGCUCUAUAUUGAAUUGCUAAAUUUACCCAAAGAUGGAAAAGAUGCUUUAAAACUUCUAAAUUAUCGAACACCUACUGGCUCACGAGGGGAUGCUGGAGACUUUGCUAUGAUUGCAUAUUUUGUGUUGAAACCAAGAUGUCUCAAGCAAGGUCAACUUACCAUACAACAAGUGAAUGAUCUUUUAGAUUCUGUUGCUAGUAAUAAUGCUGCCAAAAGGAAAGAUCUAGUCAAGAAGAGUCUUCUUCAGUUAAUAACUCAGAGCUCAGCACUUGAACAGAAAUGGUUGAUUAGGAUGAUCAUAAAGGAUCUGAAACUUGGUGUCAGCCAGCAAACUUUGUUUUCCACCUUCCAUGCUGAUGCUGCAGAGUUGCACAAUGUAACAACUGACUUGGAGAAGGUUUGUAGACAGUUGCACGAUCCCUGCGUAUCUCUUAGUGAUGUUUCUAUUACAUUGUUUUCUGCCUUUAAACCAAUGCUUGCUGCUAUUGCUGAUGUACAACAAAUAGAGAAACAAAUGAACAACCAGAGUUUCUACAUAGAGACCAAACUAGAUGGUGAGAGAAUGCAGAUGCACAAAGAUGGAGAUGUUUACAAGUAUUUUUCCCGAAAUGGGUAUGAUUAUACUCAGCAGUUUGGCUCUUCUCCCCUUGAAGGUUCAUUGACUCCAUUCAUUCAUAAUGCUUUUAAAAACAAUAUUCAGAACUGUAUUUUGGAUGGUGAAAUGAUGGCCUACAAUCCAACCACACAGACGUUUAUGCAGAAGGGAAGCAAAUUUGACAUCAAAAGAAUGGUAUACGAUUCUGAGUUACAGACAUGCUUCUGUGUAUUUGAUGUUCUAAUGAUUAAUGAUGAAAAGUUGGGUCAUCAAGUGUUGAGCAAAAGAUAUGACAUUCUAAAUGAGACUUUUACACCAAUAGUAGGUCGAAUGCAGGUGGUUUUGAAAAGUCAAGCUAGCACCCGGAAAGAAGUAGUAGAUGCUCUAAAUGAAGCAAUAGAUAACAGGGAAGAAGGAAUUGUGGUAAAAGACCCCAUGUCGAUUUACAAACCAGACAAACGUGGGGAAGGAUGGCUCAAAAUCAAACCAGAGUAUGUCAGUGGACUGAUGGAUGAGCUAGAUCUUUUAAUUGUUGGAGGCUACUGGGGAAAAGGUCUUCGUGGUGGCAUGAUGUCACACUUCUUAUGUGCAGUUGCAGAGACUCCUUUACCUGGUGAAAAUCCAUCUGUAUUCCAGUCAAUCUGUCGUGUUGGCUCUGGUUACACUAUGAAAGAGCUGUAUGAUCUUGGCUUAAAGCUAGCCAAACAUUGGAAGCCAUAUCGUAAAAAGGAUCCUCCUUGUAAUAUCUUGUGUGGGACUGAGAAGCCUGAAGUCUACAUUGAACCUCAGAAUUCGGUCAUUGUUCAAAUCAAAGCAGCUGAGAUUGUCAGUAGUGAUAUGUACAAAACUGAUUGUACAUUGCGUUUCCCACGUAUUGAGAGGAUAAGAGAAGAUAAAGAAUGGCAUGAAUGUAUGACUCUUGACCUUCUAGAACAACUCAGAGGUAAAGCUUUUGGGAAGUUAGCAACUAAGCACCUUGAUAUAGAUGAUGAUGAGCCUCAAGAAAAGAAGCGUAAAACUCUGCAGAAGGUUAAGAAAAAAAUUGGUGUAAUGGAUCAUUUUAAAGCCCCUGAUCUUUCUAAUGUAAACAAAAUUCUCAGUAUAUUUGAAGAUGUUGAAUUUUGUGUUAUGUCUGGGACAGGUGACUAUUCAAAAUAUGAGCUGGAAAGUAAAAUAGCACAAUAUGGUGGUUCCAUCGUACAAAACCCAGGUCUGGACACCUAUUGCGUUGUUGCAGGAACUGAGAAUGUCAGAGUGAAAAAUAUUAUUUCUUCCAACAAACAUGAUGUUGUGAGAGUGGAAUGGCUUUUACAAUGCUUUCAAACCCAAAUGUUUGUGCCUUGGCAGCCUGCUUUCAUGAUCCACAUGUCUCCAGAAACAAAACAACACUUUGCCUGUGAAUAUGACCGCUAUGGUGACAGUUAUAUGGUUGAUACUGAUAAGGCCCAGUUGAAGGAGGUCUUCUCAAGAAUGAGUAAAUUUGAGGAAAAGAUCUCUUGGGAUGUGAUUGCUGACAUAGAAGCACGUUAUUCCUGGGAGAACUUUCCGCUCAGCAUGUUCAGGCAGCACACCAUUUAUUUGGCCCCUCCGGACAAAGUGAGCAAUUCAGGUGCUGAGAUUAAUCAAACAGUUCUGCGAACUGACAUUUUGAUGCUUCGUUUUCAUGGAGCAAAAGUGCUCACACAGCUUGAGGAGGGUGUGUCCCAUGUAAUCGUUGGAAGAGAUCAUGCUCAAGUGAAAGAACUAAAGACCGUUAGAAGAACAUUUAAUAGGAAAUUCAAAAUUCUGUCUGAACAAUGGAUAAAGGAUUCCAUAAAGACUGGAAAGUUACAGAAUGAAAAUGUUUACUUAAUAUAAGUCACAUCUGGUUAACUUCAUAUCUAUUUCAAAGAAUUUUGCUAACCCCUUCUAUUUCUAUCUGAAGUUCGUACGUUAGAGAAAGUGUAGGAAAGAAACAAAAGCCUCCAAAUGCAGUGAUGAAGGACAAGAUGAGCAGUUGUUUUUACUUCAUUUUAGCUAGCUAUUUUGCUAAAAUAUUUAUUAAGAUUUCUGGCUACUUAUAAUCCAGUAUGCAUAUAUAUUAACCUGGAAUAUAUGGACCGGAAGCAAUUUAAUCCAGCUAAAGCCUAAUGGGACUACUUAGGGUUCAGUCCCUGAUUAACUGAAUUGUAGAACAGGCCAUUUAGCAUUCAAAAACAUUGUCUGUUUAAAGGGAACUUGUUCAACUUUUAAUACUUACGUGACAAGUUUUAACUUAAUAAUGGAUAGUAAAUCAAUAAAGUAGGAAAUAGAUGUCCAUUAUAAGAAAAUAUUAAGUAUAUACUCUCUGGCAGUCAACAAAUCUAAUGUGGCCUACAAGGCCUGCUGUCAUUUAAAUAACUUAAGGCAAAUGCCAUUUUAAUGCAUAUGUAUGCAUUUAAAAUUGAGCCAUUCAAAAAUAUUUAGUUAUAUUCUUUACUAUUUUUCCAUUGUAUGUAAUUAAUUUAAUUAAACUAUAUACGUCUUCAAAGAACUGGUUUUAAAUAGCUGCACAGUUGUUUCGGAGAAGAUUUCCACACAGUGUCCAAGAUUUUAUUUCCAAAUCCAUCUGUAAUUUUAAGAGACAUUCUGUACAGAAUUCUGCAAAUAAAACUUUAAAACCAA